AAGGCAUCCCAGUCCGAGCAAAUGAGAGAGAGAGAGAGAGAGAGAGAGAGAGAGAGAGAGAGAGAGAGAGGAUAGGAUGAUCAUCCCCGUUCGUUGCUUCACAUGUGGAAAGGUGAUUGGUAACAAAUGGGACACUUACCUUGACCUUCUCCAAGCCGGUUACACUGAAGGAGAUGCUCAUGAUGCGUUGGGCUUGGUCCACUAUUGUUACAGAUGGAUGCUCAUGACCCACGUCGACCUCAUUGAGAAGCUCCUCAAUUACAACACUCAUGAGAAAAGUGAACCCAAUUGAAAUGGAUGGUGGUGUGCUUAUUGAAAGUUUUUGGAAGCUUAUGAGGUUUGUGUGGUCUUGGUGGCCCAGUGUGUAUGCAAGUUCUAGAAGUGAGAUUUUGGUUGUAUCGAUGGUCAAAACAGGGACCUUUGUGUUUGGCCAUUGAUUAAGUUUAUCAGUGCAGAAGAACUUGGAACUUA